UAGCGAUCUUCUCUAUUCGGCGUGCCCACUUCCCCCCCCUUCCUGAAAUGAGCCCAUCUGACAGACAGGCGGUUACGCGUCAUCAUACAGCAGGGAAAACACGGUGGGUAGAACAGGGGACGUGUUUCUGUCGAUCCAACAAGCCCAGCCAAACACCGGUUUCUAGCAAUGGCCCAUCUCCCACUCCAACACCGACACACCGCUUGCCAGAACUACACGAGCCAUGUGCAUCGAGCGUCACCUGCUGUGCUCUGACGAUCCGACGGCCAUCACCGGGCGACCGCGGCGUCAGCUGCACGCUGCGCGCUUGGCAGCAUGUUCCAUCCGGCCCAGGAACCCUGUUCGCGGGGAAGCGCGCGCGGUGCCGUAAUCCAUCCGGCCCUGGGGCGCCGCGCUCGCCCAGCCAGCAGCCAGUGACCGGUGGCCGUGGUGGCACGUAUGAUGGGCCAACAAACACUCGGCGGCGUUCGAUUGCGGGCGUGGGUGAGCCAUCAGUCAGCUGUCAGCCAACGGAGCCAUGAGCUACUCACGAGAUCUGGGAUGACGCCUGGCCACGCGCCCCCGCCCGCGCCCCCGCCCUCGCCCUCGCCCUCUAGCGCAUCGCCAAAUCGGUUCUCGAUCUGUCUGCGGACGGAGGUACAGAGGUACGGAGGACACGGGCAGUGCUGUGCGCCACGGAAUGUUUAACCGGCCAGCAAUGGUGCCAUGGAAUGUGGCGGCCCGCCUAUGCCGCCUCGUAGCAGUCGACUGCGCGCUUGGCAGUGGAGCGUGCGGAAUGUGAUCAGAGAUCAGAG